AUGGCCUCCUCCUCCUUGAGUAAUUCGGGGCAGAUGAUGGAAGAUGCCGUAAAAGACGGCGACACAGGGAAGACUGGAAAGACGGCAGAAUCGACUAUUCAGGCGCAUGAUGGCGCACCUGGAUUUAAACUGAAGAAUGACGACAGAAACGACGACAGCAGCAUACAAGCCAAAGUAGUGAUGUCCACCUUUGAGAACGGCCCCCGCUUCUGGGCUGUUAUGACAAGCCUAGCCCUCACUUCAUUCUUGGCUUCACUUGAAAAUAGUGUCGUUGUUACGUCGGGCCCUGCCAUCGUUGCUGACCUUGAGAUGGGAGAGGAAUAUGUCUGGGUCGCGAAUGCUUUCUUUGUGUGUUGCGCUGCCGUCCAGCCCUUGCUCGGCCAGCUGUGCAACAUCUUCGGGCGCCGAUGGGUAAUGAUAUGCGUCACGGCCUUGUUCACGCUGGGCUCCGGUAUCUGCGGUGGGGCUACCAGCGGUGGCAUGCUCAUUGCUGGACGCGGCGUCCAGGGCGCUGGCUCAGGAGGCGUUGUCAUGAUUGCCCAUAUCAUCCUGGCCGAUUUGGUGCCCCUACGUCAACGCGGGAACUAUAUUGCUAUCCUGAUGGCUGUGUAUGGUAUCGGUCUGACCAUUGGCCCCCUUCUUGGCGGUGCUAUUGUGGAUUCGAUCAGCUGGAGAUGGGUCUUCUACAUCAAUGUCCCCAUCGGCGCCCUGGCGGUCGUCGUAUUAUACCUCCUCCUGCGCCUAAAUCAUAACAAAGCUACGACGCUGGGAGAGAAGAUGAAACGCAUCGACUGGGUCGGCAACAGCCUCCUCAUAACGGGCACAAUCGUCAUGCUUUAUGCCCUGACGUACGCCGGAGGCAAGUAUACCUGGGCAUCGUGGCACACACUGGUGCCCCUUCUCCUGGGUGUCUUCGUCGUCCUCCUUUUCGGCGUCUGGGAGGUGUAUGGGCUCGCGUCCGAGCCAGUCAUACCGCCACGGCUAUUCCACCAUCGCACGUCGCUCAUUGUAGCGGUAAACACCUUCUUGUACUGGAUGCUGGUUUACUGGGGCAUGUAUUUCCUCCCUCUGACUUUUCAGACCGUGUUCCUCUUCUCGGCCGAGCGCACGGGCGUGUCGCUGCUGCCCAUGUCUCUCGUCUCCAUCCCGGGCACCGCCCUGGCCGCCAUGGCGCUGUCCCGCUGGGGAAAGUUCAAGCUGUUGCACCUCGUAGGCGAGGCUAUCUUCACUUUAGGCCUGGGACUCUUUGCUUUGCAGUGGGAAGGGAGCACAACCGCCGAGUGGGCAACCUUUCAAUGCGUUUGGGCUUUGGGCGCCGGUAUGGUUAUGGAUACCCUGUUACCGGCCUUCCAGGCGCCAGUGCCUGAGUCGGAUCAGGCUGCUGCUACAGCCACCUGGGCUUUCAUCCGCACUGUUGGGGGUGUUUGGGGUAUUGCUGUGCCCGCUACCAUCUUCAACAACCGUGUUGAUCAGCUGGCAUAUACCAUCUCUGACCCGCACGCUCGCCAGCUGGUCUCCGCCGGUGGUGCAUAUCAGCACGCGUAUGCUAGCUUCAUUGAAUCCUUCCCAGACCCUGUCAGUGGGGAGGUCCGGGCGGUCUACAGGGGGGCCUUGAAGCUCGUGUUUUUAGCUUCCGUUUGUUUUGGUGGGGUGGCUUUCCUACUUUUUACGUUGGAGAAAGAGCUGCCAUUGAGGAAGUCCCUGGAAACGGAGUACGGUCUAGAAGACCCUCAGACGAAGGCAAGCGGCUCGGUCAACGCUGAUAUCGAAAAAUGUCCAGAGUAG